AUGACUGUAGAAAUCCUACAAAACACAAAGACUACUAAAACCAACAAGAAAAUUAAACAAGUUUAUAAUAUAAGUUGGAGGCCACGGCGGCUCAGAGCCCCGGAGCGAGCGAAGGCACGGGUGCCACUGCCGCAGGAGGCGCGAGGGACAAAAGCGUUCAGAUGGCAGAUAAGUUUUUCAGAUGGGGUUCCUGCAGAUUCCAUGGAAGCUGCUAAAAAUGCAAGUAACACAGAAAAGCUCACAGAUCAGGUGAUGCAGAAUCCACAAGUUCUGGCAGCCUUACAGGAACGACUGGACACUGUCUCUCACACUCCUUCCAGCUACAUUGAAACUUUACCCAAAGCAGUCAAAAGGAGAAUUAAUGCUCUGAAGCAGCUUCAGGUGAGGUGUGCGCACAUAGAGGCCAAAUUCUAUGAGGAAGUUCAUGACCUGGAGAGGAAGUAUGCUGCAUUGUACCAGCCUCUGUUUGACAAGAGAAGAGAAUUCAUCACUGGUGAUGUGGAGCGGACAGAUGCAGAAUCAGAGUGGCACAGUGAAAAUGAAGAGGAGGAUAAGUUGGCUGGAGAUAUGAAAAAUAAAGUAGUCAUAGCUGAGAAAGAAGCAGCAGCAGCAGCAGAAGAGCCAAAUCCCAAAGGAAUCCCAGAAUUCUGGUUCACCAUCUUCAGAAAUGUGGACAUGCUCAGUGAGCUGGUGCAGGAAUGUGAUGAGCCCAUCUUGAAACACUUGCAGGAUAUUAAAGUGAAGUUUUCAGAUCCUGGACAGCCUAUGUCUUUUGUGCUAGAGUUCCACUUUGAACCCAAUAACUACUUCACCAAUCCUGUCCUGACCAAAACGUACAAGAUGAAGUCUGAGCCAGACAAGGCUGACCCUUUUUCCUUUGAAGGUCCUGAAAUUGUGGACUGUGAUGGGUGCACAAUUGACUGGAAAAAAGGAAAAAAUGUUACCGUCAAAACCAUCAAGAAGAAGCAGAAGCAUAAGGGUCGGGGCACUGUUAGGACGAUUACAAAGCAAGUGCCCAAUGAGUCCUUUUUCAACUUCUUCAGUCCCCUGAAAGCCUCUGUAGAUGGAGAGUCACUGGAUGAAGAUUCUGAGUUCACACUAGCCUCUGAUUUUGAAAUUGGACACUUCUUCCGUGAGCGGAUAGUGCCGAGGGCUGUGCUGUACUUUACUGGGGAGGCCAUAGAGGAUGACGACAAUUUUGAAGAAGGUGAGGAAGGAGAGGAGGAGGAAUUGGAAGGUGAUGAGGAGGGAGAAGAGGAGGAGGAUGCCGAAGUUAACCCCAAGAAAGAACCCAGUCAGCCUGCAGAGUGCAAACAACAGUGAAAAGCAGGACCUGUGGGCAGUCAGCUGCCUUGAAGAUGGCUGUCAGGACCCAGGCCCGCCAGUGGGGGCCAAUUCUGUUGACACUGCUGUGACAUCUAACCGUUUCAAGUGCAUGAUUUCACCUCCACCUUUCCCUUUCCUUCUGAUUUUGCUUAACUUGUACAGUGGCAACUGGACUGCGUUUCAGAAUAGGAGGUUUAGUUCUAGCGCCUCUGCGGCCUUGGUGCCUGCAGCCCUGGACUUUCCCAGCCCUGCCCUUGAGGAGACCCUGAAGACCACCACGUAGGGUGGGUUGGGGUCACACCUGGAGCUGGUGGAGCCUACUGGUGCUGUUUCUGCAGCCCUUCCUGAUUUGAAGAAACCACACUGUUUCCAGCCACUGAGCUGCUGUGUGCGAAGCCGCUCCAGCCUUGUGCCUGACUCCUCUCUGAACAGCUAGUCAAGUGAGGCCGUGUUCUCAGAGUGUGGGUUGUGAUGCACACCCGAGGCCAGGGCCGUGGUGGCUCGUCCUCGUAUUUAUUUAUUCAUUCGUGCUUGGAGGACUGUGAACUCACAGUGUCCUCAUCCUUACCAUUUAUGAGACCAUGUUGGUGACUUGACCAGGAGGAUGUGACAUGUAGUGGAGCAAGGCCUGUGUGGAAGAAACUGCUACUUCCUGUCAUGAGCUGGGGAGGGCAGGAGCUAUUCUGUGACAUGCAGAACAUGAGCUAUGUGUUGCCUUUGGGGGGUGUGGGGUCAUAGCCAGGGGGCUGAAGUCCUUCUCUCACUAGGGCUUGCUGGCCUACAGAAUAGCUUCUCAGCUUGCAGUGUGCAUGCCAGCUCCUGGACCCCUUGCUCAUCUUAUCUCAAAGCCCUUGGGUUGGUGACCAGUUGGUGGCUGGCAUGUGGGGUUUCGGAGUGUGUGGCUGUGGUCUCUGGCUCAGCAACAGCCAUGCCCACAGUGACAGGCAUGUAGAGUGCGUUCAGCCUUACCUGAUGACACAUUUGUAACUGAACAUGGUGUUUUCAAUUUGUACAGAAUAGUUAGGAUAUUCUAUUAAAGUUGUGAGACAA